ACUCAAUGAUUGCACCCACACCUGCACCUAUUUCGCAAGUGUGCAAGUGUUUGAACCAGGGUCAGUGUGACGACAAAGGCAAAUGCAUCUGCCUGAAGGGAUUCACCGGAGACAAUUGCCAGAAGGUUGUGUGCACACAUCCCUGGGUGAAAAAGAACAAAGUAUGCGAAUGUAAACCCAGACUAAAUGGACCUAACUGCACAGUAGCAUGCAAUUGCCUGAAUAAUGGUCAGUGUACUGAAGACGGCACCUGCGUCUGUCCGACCGGAUUCCGGGGAGACCAAUGUCAGGACAAUUUCAGGACAAAGUGCCUGGGUACGGACAAGGUGAUGUACACCUGGACGGCUCUCGCCGGCUUGCCGUGUUAUUCUGGCAGGUGCCCGAAGAUAACCAGUUGGAGGAAAGCCAGAGACGCAUGCAGUGAUAGGGGAUAUCAGCUGGUCGACUUUAAAACCUUCACCUUGCUCGGCUCAAAGCUUGGUGUGAGUGGGUGCGUAAAGUCAUUGCUCCACGAGAUGAUGGUGAACAGUAACAGCAGCCCGAUCACGAUAUGGACAUCAUCCGAGUACAAUCGUCGGCAUAUUAUUUACAAGCAGGACAAGAACAAAUCGGGUGGUGCAAUAUUUAGUGUUCAUGGUUUCGGCCGUCACAAUGUCAUCUGCGAAGCCCAAUGGCUCCAUGCCAACGAUUCUGUAUACGCCGCAGCAACUCCAGCACUCGGACCCAGCGUGACUGAGCAGUGCGCAGAGAACGCAUGUCAGCAGUACGGACUUCGCCUCAUAACCAAAGACUGGUUACAAGAACAUGGCCAUGUGUUAAGAGAACGCUGGCUAGAGAGAUUGGCUUUAGAUAAGUCCGACGGAUUAGGUUACCACGUCGCGCCAAUCCUGGUCAAUGGUCAGUCCCUUUACAGAACAGUAAAAUUUAGCAGACAACAUGUGACGUUUAAGAACAAAACAAGCCAUGAGGAUGCCAAGAUUCUCUGUGUCAAGUCCUGUGGGAGCGGUGUUCUUGCACCAAGCAUGAGUUGUGUAUGUAACCGCACUAUGUCCUACGGUGAAGAAUGUGAAAAGGCAUGCAAGUGCUUGAACCAAGGUGAGUGUGAUAACAAAGGUGAAUGCAGCUGCCCUAGGGGAUUCACCGGCCACCAUUGCCAACUCGUUGUGUGCGAGGAACCCUGGGUGAAAAAGAGCAAAGUGUGUGAAUGUCAACCAGGACUAGAUAGACCCAACUGCACAGAAGCAUGUAAUUGCUUGAAUGACGGUCAGUGCACUGACGAUGGCAGUUGCAACUGCCGGAACGGUUUCCAUGGAGACAAGUGUCAGCAUACUUUCAAGACAAAGUGCCUGGGUACAGAUAACGCAACGUACACCUGGAUGGCUCUCGCCAGCUUGCCGUGUCAUCCACACCUCGACGGUGACAGCUGCCAGAAGAAAACGAACUUGACGCAUGCUCGCCAGAUGUGCACAAGAAGAGGAUACAACGUGGUAGACCAUGAUUCCUUCACCAAUCAGACGCUUGGUGUGCGCGACUGCAUGGAAGCAUUGCUCAACGAGAUGGUGACGAGCUCUUACAGCAACCCUACUUCAAUAUGGACAUCGUUCGUGAAGGAUGACCAACAUCUCAUAUACCAGCAGGGCAAGAACAGUUUGACUAAAGAAUUGUAUGAUAGUGAUGGAACAAGCCAUCAUGAUGUCAUCUGCGAAGCCAAGUGGCUCCAUUACAACGACUCGGUAUACGCCGCAGCCACGCCAUCACUGAAACCCAACGUGACUGAGCAGUUUGCAGAGGAGGCAUGUCAGGAGUACGGACUUCACCUCAUAACCUAUGACUGGCUGCAAGCACAUGGCCAUGUAUUAAGAGAGCGCUGGCUAGAUAGAUUGGCUCUUCGGCACGCACCUUACCACGUCACACCAAUCCGAGUGAAUGGCAACUCCCAUUACAUAACUGUAACGUUUAGAAAUCGCAGUAAUCCAUUUCAAAAUUCCACAAUUAAUCGCCACGCCAAAAUCCUCUGUGUCAAGCACUGUGCUAAUGGCGUUCUGGCCCAGGACCUGAGUUGCAAGUGCAACCGCACUGUCUUCUAUGGAGACUACUGUGAAAAGGAUGGCUGCAAGUGCUUGAACCAGGGUCAGUGUGACAACGAGGGUAAAUGCAUCUGCCCGACAAGAUUCUACGGAGAACAUUGCCAACUCGAGUGCAGAACAUGUCUGAACCAGGGUCGCUGUAAUGAAGACGGCACCUGCACCUGCGCUGAAGGAUGGAUUGGUGACCGGUGCCAGACUGGGUGUGCGGACACGGACCCAUGCUGCGUGAACAAGCGCAUCGUGACACGCCGGGAUCAGGUCUGCCGUGCCGCCACCAGCGACUGUGACGUGGCAGAGUACUGCGACGGCGAGAAUGCCACAUGUCCACAGGACCUGACCGCACGCAACGGCUGGCCUUGCUCCAAUAGUCAAGCAUCCUGCUGGAGUGGAGUUUGCCAAUCACGAACUGGCCAGUGUCAGAGUGUCUGGAACGAUAUGGAUCAAGGGUCAGCUCCUGAGGAUUGCUUCGCGAUCAUGAACGUUUUUGGAGAACGUACGGGUAACUGUGGUUUCAAAUCGUCCAAUUCCACCCCAGGAACCUAUGCAGCCUGUGCGGCUGGAGAUGCCCUAUGUGGUAGUUUGUUCUGCCUUCCACUUGCUCGAAAGAACCAACCCAGUAGUGAUGUUCUGUCAAAAACCGUUCCCGUACGCGGUGAUGGCGGUAUAAUCAGGUGCAAUGGUUUGUACGCGUCCCCGCCAAGAAGCCACGAUGACCCAUCGCUCGUGAAGGACGGAACACGCUGUGAUGCCAGCGGCGCUAACAAGGACCUCGUGUGCCACAAGCAACGCUGCGUGGACCAGUCUCGAGUCACCAGUCAGUGUUCGGUCGAUGCUGACAGCGGCAAAGAGUGUGGUGGAGUCGGUGUCUGUACAAAUGUAACAACCUGCCUUUACCCACCCACACCUGAGAGCAACGAGUCCGCUAACACUACCCAGGCUGCUACACCCACGACCAGUUACUCAAUAACCAAACAAAAGAGCGACCCGGCCACAACUACUCCAACCGAAGUCGUCUAAUAGAGUGACGGUGAUGAACAGUGCAGUGCAUGAAGUGUCAGUAAUUGUAACUAGUUACUCAUAAACCGGGGGGAAUACUACCGACAGGACUAACCUGGUGCCCUUCCACUUACCCACCCAUCUUCCAUAGCAUCCACAAUUCGGUCCAGGAAACUCGACAGGCACAUGCAGUCGGUGUUACUCCAACGGAACGUUUCCAGGACGUGAAGAGCCCCUGCUAACCAAGUGUGUUUCCAGUCCUGAUAAUUUCCUCCGAUUGUAAAUUUCAAAUCUGCAAUUUCAGAUCAGUGAAAAUCUGAGGCAGACUGAUAUCCCAUAACAUGCUACGGCAGAGUAAUUAUGUCGUAUUUUAAUUAGUAAUUAUGCAUCUAUUAUUUGCAAGAUGAUGAGGGCAAUAAUAGAUUGAUCCCGACAUAGCAUACCUUAACUGGUUUAGCUUUGUUCUUGUGUAUUGUACUAGCACAUAGUAUAUACAUAAGUCGUCUACAUUACUUCUCUAUAAACAGAUGUUCUCAGUUGUUACUUAGUCUUUUAAUGUGUUCCCCAAGUUCUUUGACUGAGAAUCUGGCAGUUUGGGCUCAAGUCAGUUGGCUCCAGUUUUUUCUUUUUUCAUUUCUAACUCUUGUUUCUA